GAACCAUUUGGCGAGAUUUCAAGUAGUUCCGUUACUGUCCUUCAAUUACAAGCUGCUAAUGAGAUUGAUUGGUUGCAACACUUGGGAUAUUUGACAUAAGAAGGUUGUACUUACAAACCAAACAUAAACUUACAAACUGCUUGGGGUUAUCCUGUCCUCAAUACAAAUUUAUGGAGAUGGUUGAACAGUCUCCACGUUAGAUUCGAUUACAGCAAUAUAUAUUUUUUAUAGUUAUAUCUAGUUUAAUGUCAACUCCCAUGAGUUCAAGUCUUGGAUGUGCACGCUUAGAGCUACGAAAUACACAAUGCACACCUGUAGCAGUAUCCGAUGGCAUGAAACUUCUGCGGUAUGCUGUUUCUAUUGGAGAUUCCGAUAGAGUUUAUAAACUAUUGAGAUUUUCACAUAUAUCACCAAUUGACCAUGGUACUGAUAUGCCUGUUAUCUGUAAGGCAGCUGUGAAAGGUUAUACGGAUAUUGUUGGUCUCCUUAUCAGACAUGGUGCAUCAGCAAAUGCAAGGUCAACUGAUGGUUCUACACCCUUAAUUUAUGCUGCUGAUGGUGGUCAUCUCACUGUUUUAUCACUGCUGUUAGAUGCAGGAGCGUUAGUCAACACUAUUAAUUGCCAUGGUGAAUGUGCUCUUACCCGUGCUACCCGUCGUGGAUGGGUUCAUUGUGCACGAUUUCUCUUAAGCCAUGGAGCUAAUCCGAAUCCGAUGCCAUCUGAUGGGCAUACUUUUGUGGUAUCACCACUACAUUUAGCUCGCCAAAUGCAUCAAACAGUUAUAGAACAAGAUAUUUUAAAAAGAACAGUUGAGAUUGACAAAGCUGUUGCUGAAAUAGUAGCAACGACUCUACCAAAUCAUUUGACUUUGAUAGAACCAGGACAUUUACCAGAGACAAUGUCUUUGAGUUUGUUUCCUGUUCAAAUCUUCUCUUCAGAAGAGCUUAGUCGCUUUGUUUUGUACUUUAAAACACCUCCUGGGUAUGGCUCACGCAGUGUACAAAUGGGAAAUAAAGAAUCUUCCAGUGGAUCGACACCGUCUGACGAACUGAUAUUCGUAUAUGUGAUUCGAGCGCAGUUAUCAGACAAUCAUGUCUCUUGCUGGCUCACUGGACCUCCCAUGGAAUCAUUAUCAUUGAGCUUUAAUGGAACGAAAAAACACUGUACUGUGAUUCCCUUGUCUUCUGAGUAUUCUGGUAUUUGCGUAUAUUCAGUAUCUACAGUAAUUAGGAGUGGUGGACUCAAUACUCUCUGCCUAGAGCUACGUCACCAAGACCAAUCAAUUGGUGAAACAGCUCAGAGUGCAUCAUAUGAUUCAGUUGUUCUUGUUGGAGCUUACCGUAUUCGUCUGGAUGUAACCUCUUUAAUAAUGGCCUCAGUGAAUCCAGUUUCCUCAACAGGAACCACUAAAGCAAGCGUGUACAUCCCCAGAUCAGCCAUAUGAUAUUAUUAACUAUGAAAAAUAUGGAUGUUUUUUUAACCACUUUUCGGUUCCAUUCUAUUAAACAGAUUAUAAAGUUUUUAAAAUGUACUUGACAGAAAAUAUAACAAGAUAUAAACGACAGUUCUUAUACAC